GUGCCAUGAACGCCAAGGUCGCCGCCGCGCUGGUCCUCGUGCUGACUGCGCUGUGCCUCAGCCACGGCAAACCAGUCAGCCUGAGCUACAGAUGUCCCUGCCGAUUCUUCGAGAGCCACAUUGCCAGAGCCAACGUCAAGCAUCUCAAAAUCCUCAACACUCCGAACUGUGCCCUUCAGAUCGUGGCAAGACUGAAGAACAACAGCAGACAGGUGUGCAUUGACCCGAAAUUGAAGUGGAUCCAGGAAUACCUGGAGAAAGCUCUAAACAAGUAAGCACAACAGCCGAAAAAGACUUUCCGCUAGAUCCACUUGAGGAAAGCUAACAGCGUAUGGCAGAUAUGGCAGAUGGAAAGGCGAGGUGCUGGGGAGGUGGGCCUGGAUGGGGAGGGCCAGGUACACCUGGGGGGGUAGCACGCUGACCUGGGAUCUCAGCCUUGAGGUUUGCCCAGAACAUAGACACCUGCAUUUAUAGUGUCUGGUACGAUCCUGCAGCUUAUAUUCACCGGUGCCCCAGACCCUUGCACAUUGGCUGUUUUAGAACUGGGGUUUUUCUAAGAAAUUACAUUGUCCCAACAGCAUUACCCACUGUCUGCUCUCUCCUGAUCAUCACAAUCCCCAUCAUUCCCAUUAUCUUUUUUAAAAUCUGUGAUUACUUCAAGAUCUGUAUUUGGUUUGUUUUGGAGCUUUUCUUCCUUGCUCCCGGGGUAUCUGGGCACAGUCAGGUGAUGGCCAAACAUGGAGCUCAGAAAAGUGUCCUUCCUCCAGACUCUCAGGCUUGGAGGAAGGCCAUGGACAGCUU